AUGGUUUUCUGGCCCACGAAGACAGCCUUCUAUCCCAUCGGCAAUACGUCUCCAAUCUCUCUUCUUCAGCAUACUCCACCUGAAGAUGACGCCGACAUCCUAUUGCUUGAUUGCGGAGAUCCCAGAAAUAUAUUGCACACUGUUUAUGCAAAUGGAGCUGACCAGGCGUCUGUGAAACGAAAGCUCGAUUUUACCUGUUGUGACGUCGAACCCGCCAUUCUCGCUCGGAAUGUCCUCCUGUUCACCCUCAUCGCCGACGGCAAACAUGUCGAGCAGUCACUCGCGCUCUGGAGCAUCUUCUACCACUUCUUCCUGGAUACCGUCUCUCUCGCACUUUUGCUCUCACAGGCCGAGAAGCUUGCUAAUAUCUCUGUGGACUUGAACACGUGGAGCGAAUCUGAGUACUCGUGCUUCCUCGAGGUCAGCAACGGCUUCACCCUGGGAGAGCUGCAUCAACACUGGGUUCUAUACGCCCAGACGAAGUUAUUUUCGCCCACGCGUCGGGCACAAUUUCAAGAGCAAUUUCUAUCUGGCAUGAAGGCUUGCAAGGACAAGAAUUUCUCUUACGUGGCCGCUUCUCGCGCUGCAGGUCCAGUUGCGCUCAAAGCCAUGUCGUCCUGCGUCGAAGCUUCCGAAACCUUUUGGCAAGCAGGCACCACAUUCACCUCUCAACCUGACGUCGAUGCUGCAUCGGAGGUCAACCCAACAUUCGCCUAUGCCAUGGGCAGGGAAGGGUUCGUGGCUCACUACGGGACGAAUCCUAUUGCGACCUUCCACCUCGCCCCUAUCUUCGCAACUGCGAAUACGCUGAACCCACCACCACCGAGCCAAGUCUUUGAAGCCAUCAAGAGGCAAUUUUAUGCAUGGUCCGAAGCGUUCUAUGCCUGCGUACAGCAUUCCGCCAAUACGAUCAAGAUCAGGGCCGUGGUUGCGGACGCCAUAGCUUUCUGCCAAGCCUUGCAGCUCGCAACAGCGCGGGGAGACCCUUCUGUGUAUCCUCGCGUAUGCCCGUGGAGAGCUCCUCUGUUGGCGCUGGAUGGCAAAGGCUACUCAACCAGUGCUGCACCUCUAGCAUUCCAUGUCAUUGACACCUCGAAUCUUUUCGACCGCGUUGGAAGCAUCAAUGUCCUGAUUGCUACCGUCCCAUUGCUGAAACGAACACCGACGGCUGCCUUAAUCACCGAGCUGCUGCUAUCGGGCGAAGAUCCCAUCGUGUCUUUCGCUGACAACCUCUGCGGAGAUGUGGUGACCAUGUCUUUACUCUUCGACCUCACGCCUACUGCAUACCUUUCAGGUUACAAUGCCCAGUCCAAUGUCCAUGAGCUCCUGAGAUUCCAUCUCUAUGACGACAGCGCGCAGUACCACGAGCGUCUAGUCUGGAAAAUCCCCUCCCAGCUCUCAGGUGCAAGCUCUCGUCCGGUCGCCUUGGACGCAUCGCAAGUCGUCUCUUUGCUCUUCAAUAUCUAUCACAGGAUGUUCGCCCACAGGAAACCUCCAGACAGCUUCCAGAGGAAGAUACCCAUCUCCUCGGCGCACACUAUCGAGCACACCCGCUAUUCCCGACGGAGCUUCGCAGAGCUCGUGCGCUGUCUCAUGAGCCGCACCAGCGUCGAUUGGAGCCAAGUAUUUGACCUGUUCGAGCAGCGCCUUGCGAGUGAUAGCACGCUCCUCGUGGAUACGAAGUACUAUCAGGAUCUCAUGACGCAGCUGCACCUCCUACACAUCUGGACGGCCGGGACACUCCUCCCCGGGAAUCCGAUAAACAAGGAUUCUGGGCUUUUCUGCGAGUGGAUGUCGGUACCGUCUGUCGUCUGCAUCGUGUUCGCCGUCUCGCGGUCGAAGCUUCAGCCUCUAGAGGCCAACAAUACGCCAACGAAUCCUGUGUUAGCCGUCGAAUUCGAGACAGAUGCAGUAUCAAAUUACUUCUGUUUCGUCGAGACCGCCUUCGGCUCGCUCUCACUCGAGGGCAGUGGCGAGCAUGCGCGGGCAGUCAUUACCGAAGACUCGCGAGGCAGGGCGGGUGGCGCAGAUGUCAUUGUCUCUGUGUGUGUGCCCACGUCGAUGCUCAUGAUCAAUCCCGCCGCGACAUUGAUUUGCCUGGUCGUUAUGAACACGCCUUCGACGACAGUCGUGUCCUCCAAGCUUGACCACCGGAUGAUAAUUCAUAGCGCCCCAUUGGCCGAUACAAAGGCCGUCCAUGUGCUUCGUGAACGGCCGACCUCCGUCGCAGGUCUUCGUGCCGCAAUUCCGUACGUACCAUGCAUUGACAGCCCGCCGACAUCAGCGCCAAUAUCCCUGGUCUUGGAGGGGAUGAAGGUGACGAAGAUGACGAGAAGGAAGAAUAUCGAGGAGGCCAGGGCUAAGGCUGCGCUCGCUUCCAAGGAUAUUUCGGUGACAAUCGAUCAAGUCGGACCUUGUGAGGUAGAACUCCUUAUUGGUUCAGCGCAUCGUGAGAAGCUGGCCUUUCCGUUCCCUGUUGACGUUACCGAGACAAAGCUUCGCGUAGCCCGACAGUCUUCCUGGAUAGAGGUUGUCGCGGUGCCCUGUUUACUUGGCCGCGGAGGUAUGCCCAUUGAGACUCGCUUUCCUGUUGCCACGUACGAGUGUAGACCCGUACCAUGGGUGAUACACCGAAUUAAUAUCGACCGGCUGCCUAUCCUUUCAACCAGCAACGUACCCAAGGAACGAUUGGAGUGGAUCAACGCCCAUGUCAGCCUUGCCUUCUCCGACUGCGAGAAGCUUGCUCGAGAGACCAAGACUAUGGGAGCUCUUACGCAAGUCAAGGACACGAUGCACAGUAUCUUCGUACAGACAGCCGGGAUCCAGGGCUCCAAGAAGGUAUCGAUCUUUGGCCUGCACUGCACUUCAAACGGCGGUGUGGAUACGCUCUUAUUCGUUACAGACUUGCGGCUCGAUGUCACUGCACACACCGUCCUUGCUGAUGCCUGCGUUCUCCCGCUACACAAGAGCUUCCUACACAACAUUGCUCCUUAUCUCGCCGAGCUCCACGACGUCUGUCAGGUGGAUGUCAGCACAGAAGAGAGCGUCAUAUGGAAGUGCCUCCUCCCGAGCCUCGCAGAGCGCUGUCGGACAUGGGAACACACAACCGGGUGUGCCUACAUCGCGCUGCGCGGGAGCGUCCCGCUCUCGACUAAGCAUGGCGAGAUUCCAACUUGUGCAUGUGGGCAGGGAAGGGUAGGCGAUGCGUUCUCCGCUCAGAAAGAAUGGAUGCCGUUCCUACCAUACGUCACACGCAUCGCGCUCAGUCCACUUUUCGCCGUCUCGCUCCUCGAGCCCGUCGCCAGCCUUCUGCAGAGUCCAACGAAUCCUGCCAGGGCUAAUUAUGACGCCUCCAGUCGGACUCGCGGACCGAUCUCAUCAAAUCCCAGCGGCGCACAGGCAAAUUUGUCUCGCUGUGGUACGUGUGGGGUUUCCACUGCAGCAGCCAGGCCCAUGGUCUGCAGUCGCUGCAGAAAACUCGCGUACUGCAGUCGGGACUGCCAGAGGAAGGACUGGAAAACGCAUAAGCAGUACUGCAAGGCAGUCUAG